AUGUCAAACGAUCAGACCGAUGACGAUCUCGCGAACGAUACAGAUUCGCCCGUCGAUAAGUUUCGGCCGUUGGAAAAUUUCAACGAUGCGCGCGCCGAUCUGUCCUUUCGGCUCGAGACGCCCGAUUUGAAACCAUCCACGGCAGACCAGCCCUUUGGGGUCGAGGACGAGGAGGACGAGAAGCAUCGCGAGCAGAACUUGACCGAUUCUAAGGGCAACGACGAUGAUUCCCGAAUCUCUGGAGACAUAUGCAGAAUAUGUCACAUGGGGAGCCACCCAACAAUGGAGGACAAUCGAGCUACGCGCGGCAGGCAAAGCCAGGGUAUCAGAGGGGUGGAAAGUCGGAUAUCCAACGCAUCGUCCUACGCGUAUGUAGGUCCUCUGGUCUCUGCUUGCAAGUGUCGCGGAACAGUGGCCCUGGUACACGCUGGCUGCCUGGAAAGAUGGCUGACAGAAUCGGGUCACACUAGGUGCGAGCUCUGCGGAUACAAAUACGUUACUAAAAGGGUCCCACGUCACAACAUCUUCCGUAGUGUCGCUAUAUGGUUCAAUACCGUAAUAGUGACCCGGCAAAUGUUACUGGAUAUACUCUACUUAGUGGUGACGACCCCAUUGGCCCUUUUCUCUUGCUACAUUUGCGCGCUAGCCAUGACGAUGUUGUUGAAGAAUGGUUUGCGCGAUAUACCCUGGAUGAUCGUCGCCAUGUUGCCCACAUGUGGUCUAACCCUAGUGGCUUAUUGGGGCUGGGUAAUAACUUUGGUCAGAUUGCACGGGCGACGAUGGCGUCGUUACUGGAGGAACAACUUCGUGAUCCGAUUGGUCCCCAAUAACGCGAUCUCGUCAGAUACGAGCCUAAGUUCGGCGUACGUGUCGCUGGAUCGCUCGAACGAAGAGAUCGACGAAACCGAAGAAACCGAAGAGACGAGUGUCCGCGAUACCACGAACGAAUCGACUUAA